UGUGUUCUAUCUCUCCAACAAACAGCUACUCUCCAACAGGCUCCCCAAUGCCAUUUCUGUCAUCUACCUUGUGCCAGGCCUCAGCCAAAUGAUUGGGCUAACACAGUAGUUGCCCAAACAAUCCUGGUAAUUGCCAUUUCUGAUAUACUGCCUAUAUCAGAAAUGGCAGUAAUUAAAUGGAAAUGGUAUCUUUAAGAAAGUUUCUAAACCAUUUUUUUCUAAUAACAAGAAUUCUCUUCUUUUCUGAGAAUAUUUUGAAUGUUUAAAACACUUUCAGAUUCAGAUUGAAAGUGUCCUGAACCUUCGUUGAUAUUUUACUGUAUUAUCAGCAAUGAUCUGUCUUAUUUAGGAUGAACAAAACUGCUACAUGAAGCUGUUUGAGUGUUUGAUUUGCAGGACUGAGCUUAUAUGUCUUCAUAAAGACUAACUAAACCAUGAUCUGUUUAAACAAAUGAUGGCAAAGUAAAUAACUGAAUCCGGUGACAAUAGGACUUUCCGAGCUCAAGCAAACUGAGAAUUGUAGGAGUUGACUUCUCUUUGAGAUGUGAUUGGACAACAUAUGAGUUUUAUCUGAUAUAAAUAGAUGAGUGAAGGACUUAAGAAACACUCAAAGGCAAAUCUCUCUCCUCAAACAGAAAACCUACCAAAGAAUCAAGAAUCAUGAGGUACGGCGUUCUGUUUCAUUUGCUGCUCCUCCUGCCAGUGUGCUCAGCUUACACUUACCAAAAUGUGGCUUUACGCGGCAAAGCUACACAGUCUUCUCAGUUCAAAGGGGAGCCGUGGAAUGCAUUUGUAGGUGCCUCCAAUGCUAUUGAUGGAAACCUAAAUUCUGACCUUAAAAAGGGAUCUUGCACCCACACUGAGACAGAAAACAACCCCUGGUGGAGAGUGGACCUGCUGGACUCAUAUGUAGUCACCCAGGUCGUCAUCACCAACAGAGGAGACUGCUGUGGAGAGCGACUCAAUGGUGCGGCGGUUCACAUUGGAAACUCUUUGCAAAAAGAUGGCACUGCAAACCCACUGGUUGCUACCAUUUCUACUGCUGCAGCUGGAAGCUCUCAUUCAAUAAAACUUUCUAAGCGUGUGGAAGGACGUUAUGUGACCAUUAUAGCACCUGGUGUGAACAGGGUUCUACAUAUCUGUGAAGUGGAGGUCUAUGGAUACCGCGCCCCGACUGAAGAAAAUGUGGCAGUUUAUGGAAAAGCUUCACAGUCAACAGUUUAUCCUGGAGCCCUUGCCUACUACGCUAUUGAUGGGAACCGUGCAGCACUGUGGAGCCAGAGUUCCUGCAGUGCCACAAAUAAUGACUUCAACCCCUGGUGGAGACUGGACCUGGGAAGAACCUAUAAAGUGUUCAAAAUUCACAUAACCAAUCGGGUAGAAUAUCCCACUCGAAUUAACGGAGCUGAAAUUCGUAUUGGAAAUUCACUUAACAACAAUGGAAAUAACAAUCCCAGGUGUGCUGUGAUCUCAACCAUCGCUGCAGGUGUUACUGAAACCUUUCAGUGCAACGGCAUGGAUGGUCGAUACAUCAACGUUGUCAUACAUGGAAGAAAAGAGUAUCUCACUCUGUGUGAGGUGGAGGUGUACGCAUCGAGACUGGAUUAAAGUUUUCAUGACAACACCGUGGUUUAAAGUUAAAGCUUAAAGUUAAAGCUGAAUGAUUCAUUUUGAUCACUAGAGGGGGUAAAAAGUCUUAUGAAUAUCUGAUUGUAUUCUGAUUGUAUUGAAAACCAAAAUUAAACUCACUAUGGGGAAAGCAGUUCUGAGCUGGUGUAGGCUUCUGAUGAACCAAUCACGUACUUUUGGGACACUGUGGGAUGCUUGCUGGGUCUGAUUUUGAAUGCAAAGAAGCAACAAAUUGUUGCUUAUGUUUACAAGUUGAAACUACAAGUUGAAAAACAAAUAUAAAAGAAAAAGCAACAAAUUUAUCAGUUAAUGUAAAACUAAGAGUUAUAAUGUGUAACUUUUCCAAAUCUUGUUUUUUGAACAGAAUCUGUCAGACUGAUAAUCUAUCAUAUCUAUCAGACAAUCAAACUAUCUUAUGAUCUGUCUCAUAGGUCUCUUUCAUUCUGUGGUUUAUUCAACUGGUCUGAAAUCUGGUGUAUAUUUCUUUAUUAAAUCGCUAUAAUAAGUC